AAUUAUUGCCCGAUGGGAACCAUUGACGGUUGACAAAUGAUGGUCUCGGAUCGAAGGUAGCACACAGUCAGGCAGUAGUUCCUUUUCGGCUGCUGUCAAAUGUCGUCAUGUUUGUUUCACGCUACGUAUGGUUAGUGGUCGUCGGGAAAUUGUUUUAGAGAGAACGUGAGACGCGGAAAAUCCGGUUUUGUUUCUAUACAAUCUUCUUUGCGAAAAUCGUAAAAUAUUUUAAAAUAAUAUUAUUAUUCAAAAAAAAAAUAUAGUAUAUUUUACAACAUAAAAACCGUCUUCAUAUUGAAUAUAUUGUACUUUAAGGCUCUGUUUACACUUGACAAAAAAAAUAUUUAAAAAAAUCAAAAAUCAAAGAAAUUGUCUUAAGACAUAAAAUUAUUGUUAUAAAUAGUUUUUUUUUUCUUGUGUUGUGUGAAGAAAAAAUAAUUAACAAGUGAAACAAAAUCAACAAAUAAAAAUAAAAUAUUGACAGUGCAUAAAAAAGUGUAACAGUCAAAAUAUAAAAAUACAAUUAUCAAAAAAAAAUAUAUAUCGAAGAAAUUAAAAAGUAUUUUUAUACACAACAAAAAAGUGAAAAUAUUUUGUGUGACACUCUUGUAAGUUUUGAAACAUCAAAACUUCACUCAAAGGAUUAACUCAGAUCAUUGGAUAAACUCAACACCUUUUCCAGCACACAAAAAAUUUAAAUAAUAUUUAAAAGAAAAAAUAAUAAUAAACUAUUUGAUAGUAGACAAACUGUCAAAAAAAAAUGGAUUAAAAAACCAAAACAAAUUUUUAAACUGUGGAUUAUUAUAAAUAAUGCAAAUUUUAGUAGACAAAAUUCCCAUGUUUUCGAAACAACAAUCGAAGCGAAAUUUAAAAAAGUAAGUUUGUUACAAAAUAAUUAAACCAAAACAAAAAAAAGUUAACAGUGACACGAAGAGAAAAAAAAAAGUGAAAGAAUAAAAAUUCAAAAAAGUUUAUUUUCCAAAAAAAAAAAAAAUAUUUCAUACAAAAAAAUUGUGUUUCCAGUGAAAAGUUUAAGUUUUUUUUUUACUAUCUCAACACAACUACUGGAAUAUAUAAAAUAAAUAUUAUUGAAAAUUUAUAAAUAAAUGCGAGAAAUAGUAUUUGGCACAUAUUAGAAAAGAUGAAGAAAUGAACGCCCAGGGGGGCUCCUCAAGGGCUCCAGCCUUAGGGGGCCAAAUAUCACCACCCGGGGCAGCAUAUACAAGUGAACAACAUCAUCUACUACAACAACAACAGCAACAUCAUCAACAACAACAACAACAACAUCAACAACAAUCAUCACUUCACCAGCAACAACAACAAUUCUUGCAACAGCAACAAUUCUACCAACAACAACAUCACUUUCAACAGCAACAACAACAACAGCAACAACAACAUCACCAACAACAAUUGCUACAUUCUCAGCAAAGUGGUGCAAACUUCCAUAAUUCAGCCUACGAUUCGGGUUUUAGUCAUGGUAGCGGUUCUGGUGGAUAUUUAGGUGGCAGUGCUAAUGAUAGUUUAAAUAGUCUAAAGAAUACUUUUGGGCCGAAUUCCGAAUUUCCAUAUUCAGCUUCGAAUUCAGCGAACGGCAGUAGUAGUAGCAACAAUAAUAAUAGUAGUUCUUCAUCCAGUAAUUCAAACAGCAAUACAGCCCAGCAGCAACAGCAACAGCAGCAGCAGCAGCAACAACAGCAGCAACAGCAACAGCAGCAACAACAACAACAGCAGCAGUUGCAAGCUGAACAACAGUCUGCAGCAGCGGCAGCAGCAGCUGCAGCAGCAUCAGCAGCGGGCUCCACAUCCGCGCCAUCUGUUGGUAGUUACGGUAAUAUGGUAGCCGCCACAAGCGGCUCCUCACAGCAAACAAUGGACACGAUGGGUGGUUAUGGACAGAUGGGUAUGCACAAUAGUAUGCAUUCGGGAGGCAAUGGCGCCGGAAUGAUGGGUGUCGGUGGACAAUCACAUCACCACCCGCAUCAGUAUAUGAACGGGAGUGGUGGUGGAAGUGGGAGUGGAAAUGGAGGUGGCAGUGUGGGGAUGAAUGGUGGCCAAAUGCACGGCAAUUCUGUAGGAAUGGGUCCAAUGGCAGGAUUGGCAGCGAACGGAGCCAGUGCAGGGAUGAUGAGUAGUGGUGGCGGAGCAAAUGGUAUGCAAAUUGGCGGCGGCAAUGGCGGUGGUGCGAUGCAAAUGAAUUCAAUGGGACAUAUGAAUGGGAUGUCGUAUAACGCAUCCAGGCAUCAUCAUAUGUCACCAAUGAAUCAAAUGCAAAGUAUGAGCAUGGGCAUGGGUCCAAUGCGAGGUAAUGGUGCUGCUGGGAUGGGUGCUGGUGGCGGCGUAAUGAAUGAUGCCAGCCAAAUGAGUCAUCAAAUGACCGCAAUGAAUCCUAUGGCCAAGAUGCAGGGUAUGGCAAAUAAUGGUUAUCCACCGCGAAGGAUGGCUCCUUAUCCUAAUCCACAAAUGCAUGCGGCACAGAAACGCGCAGCCAUGUAUCCUAUGAAUCAUCAAGCAAAUCCUCAAAAUGUUCCUCAGCAUCAUGCGGCAGCGGCGGCGGCAGCAGCAGCUGCUGGUCAAAUGCAAUACAACCCACAUCACCAGCACCCGCAUCACAGUACGCAUCAGCCGAAUGGUGUUCCAGUUCCUAUGCAAGCCGGUUAUGGUCGGACAGGUGGUCAAAUGAAUCCUUACGGCAGGGGACCUGGUGGAAUGAUGGGACCAGUUGGUUCAGCAGCGGGUAUGAUGCCGCAGCAGAGGGCGGUUCCUGGAAGCUAUGGUGGUGGUGCACCAAUGGGUGCGCAUGCGCAGCAAUUCUAUGGUGGUGGAGGUGGCAAUGCGGUCGGUGGUAUGGGACCAUUAGGCGGCAUGGGUGGUGGUAAUGGUGGCCCCGCUGGUCCGGGUGCUGGUGCCGGUACACCGAAUGCUUAUCAUCAAAAUGCGCAAGGUUUCCAACAAGAUGUGCGGAAUAUGAAUUAUCAACAUAGUCCCGUCCCUGGAAAUCCAACACCUCCUCUAACUCCCGCCUGUUCAGUUCCUUAUGUUAGUCCAAAUCCUGACGUCAAGCCACAAAUUGAUCACAAUGAAGAAAUGCGCUUAACUUUCCCGGUACGAGAUGGAAUAAUUCUUCCGCCAUUCCGGCUAUUGCACAAUCUUUCGGUCAGUAAUCAUGUCUUUCAUCUGAAGCAGAAUGUCUACAACACGCUGAUAAACAGGUCCGAUUUGGAACUGCAGCUUAAGUGCUUCCAUCAAGACGACCGACAAAUGAACACAAAUUGGCCGCACACGGUGACGGUGUCCGCAAAUGCAACUCCCUUGGUGAUUGAGCGUUCAGAAAAAACUGGGCAAGCACUUAGGCCAUUGUAUCUUAAGCAAGUAUGCCAGCCGGGUAGAAAUACCCUCCAGUUAACAGCCAGUUCCUGUUGUUGUUCGCAUUUGUUUGUGUUGCAACUAGUACAUCGACCUUCGGUGCGGCAAGUCCUUCAAGGUUUAUUGCGUCGUAAUCUGUUGCCCCGUGAACGAAGUGUUUCCAAAAUCAAGGGCAACUUCGCCAUGGGAAUGUCUGGUUCUACGCCUCCAGCAUCUGCUGGUGAUGCCACCAACCCCAAUGGUGGCAACGAUCAUCAACAACAGCCAUUUGUGAAAAUAUCCCUUAAGUGUCCCAUCAUGAAGAGUCGGAUACGACUUCCAGCGCGAGGCCAAGAAUGCAAACACAUUCAAUGCUUCGAUUUAGAGGGAUAUCUGUUGCUGAAUUGUGAACGUGGUAGUUGGCGCUGUCCUGAGUGCAACAAAGCAGCUUUGACAGAAACACUUGAAAUCGAUCAAUACAUGUGGGCGAUAUUGAAUACCCUAAACAAUGCCGACGUCGAUGAAGUUAUUAUUGAUUCAUCAGCGAAUUGGAAAAUUGUUCCACAAGGUGCAGUUCCUGGCAUGCAUAGUGGCGGGGGAAAUCCCACAUCAACGUCAACUUUAACAUCGAAUCAAUCGAAUAGUUCUACGCCGAAUAUAAAACAGGAGCACAUUGAUGAUAUAUCAAAGGUGAUGUCACCUGGUUCGACGACACUCCCCACAUGGGAUAAUUCACAAGCGAUGAGUCCGUACAUGGGCCAUGAUAUGAAUUCAAUAGCAAAUGGAAAUAUGAUGGGACAGAGCCAGAGUUGUAAUGCCAGCAGGAAUUCCUAUGACGCGUAUAGCGGGAAUGGAAAUGGUGGCAGUGGAAGCGGUGGCAAUGGUCAAAGUGAUACAUCCGGCAAUGGAAAUGAUUCAUUGGCACAUUUGAGUGAAUCGGUGAAUUCGCUCGAUCAAUUAAAUGCCAUGGAAAAAUCUUUGAGUGAUCAGAUGCCCCAUACGCCGCACACACCGCAUACUCCUGGUGGAUCUGGUCAUCCGCACACACCCGGUGGACCACCAAGCGUCAGUUCUGCGCACAAUGAACCCUCGAAUAGCAGCACCAACAACAGUAAUUCAAACAACAAUUCUAACAAUGGCAGCAACAACAAUAGCCAAAAUGGCAUUGGUAGCUGUCAUAACUCACCCCAACCGGGUACACCAACUAAGAUGCCGGGAAGCAAUGAUAAUUCACACCAUCAACAACAGCAGCAGCAGCAACAACAACAACAAACCCAUCAGCUUAUCAAUUCAUUGAUAAACUCGCAAAAUGAUAUGGUCAACCUAAAUGACAGCGAUUUGAACGCAGAGCUGAGCAGUUUCGAUCCCACAUCGGUUAUCGAUAACGAAACUGCAAAUGAAUUAAAUCUCCUUUCGGACAGUGUAGUUGACCCAAUGGAAAUUCUAUCAUAUCUAGAUCCCCAACCGGAACUAAAUACCCCGCCAUCUAGUGGAUCUAGCAACAAUCCUAAUCAAGAUGAUAUACUAGCAUCCUUAUUUGAUUAAGGCAACUUAAACAAACAAACAAAAAAAGUUAAUAAUUCAAUUUAACACAACAAAAAAAAAAACAAAAAAUAAAACAAACUGGUUAUUAAAAGAAAAAUCCCUUGUACAUAAAAAGGAAACUUUUUUUGUGUAUAUAGUAUUAUUAAGCGAAAGUUUUCAACAGCAAAAUUGUUCCAUAAUUUCCUUUUAAACAAACAAAAAAAUAUAUAUAUUUAAAGCUUUUCCGUUUGAAUUUUUCCAUUCAAACUGAAAGGCCACCCAAAAAUUGUGAUGUAAAAAUCAAUUUACUUAUAGUAAAAAAUAAAAAAUAAAUAAUAAUAAUAUGAAACUAUAUUUUGUAUGAAAACUGUGGCAUUAUUAUGAAUUUUGUUUUCUUUUUUAUCUGUACAUUUUUUUGUAUUACUAUAGUUAGCUGAUUAUUAAAAAAAAAAAAACAUAAACAUAAAACUACGAAUUCCUCAAAAAUACAAAAAUCGUUCUUGAAAAAAGCACAACGCAAAAGUAUUCACACACAAUACAAAAAAACACAUAAAUAAUAUUUGUCCUGUUUAAUUAAUUUACGAUUAAAUUUACAUAAGACUGUUCCUAAAUUGCAAAUUAAAUCAUGCAAAACUUAUUUAAAACAAAAAACCAACAACAACAACAACAAAA